AUGAGUGCUCAGAUCCUUGCCCGAGUUGCUCGAUCGGUGCAUGUGCUAUCGAAAUCAGGUCAAUGGUGGUACCUCGAAGCCCUCGUACCGCAGCGUCACUUUCGGAGGUGCUUUGCUGCAGCGAGCGCAGAGCUUCCGCCUCACAUCAAGCUCCGUAUGCCGGCUCUAUCACCGACGAUGAAAGAGGGAAACCUGGUAAACUGGGUGAAAAAGGAGGGCGAACAGGUCUCGGCGGGCGACGUUCUUGCCGAAAUUGAAACGGACAAGGCUACAGUGGAGUUUGAGUCUCAGGACGAAGGCAUUCUGGCCAAGAUUUUGGUGCCUGCUGGAACACAGAACGUUCCAGUGGGAACUCUUAUUGCACUGCUGGCGGAAGAAGAAGCCGACGUUGCAAAACUUAGGGAAGCGCCUAUUGAACCUGGAGAGAGCGAAGCGGCUUCUGUGAAGAAGCUGGAAACGCCGGCGCCGGAACAGCAGCCGGCUGAGGAAACCCCCCGAGCACCCGCAGAGGCGCGUACGGUUACCGCUCACGGGGGUGGCCCAGCUAAGCCUCGCACUGAGGCAUCCAGAAACGAGACAUCGAGUGCUCCCAGUCGAGCCACGCCUGAGCCAGACUCGCGUCGUGCGCAGGUAGACGCGAGUCGGCAUGCCGCGGAUUCGACGGCGGCUCAGCGGCUCAAGGCUUCACCGUAUGCACGGAAGCUUGCAGAGGAAAGCGGUGUUGAUCUGUCCAGGGUGCAGGGAUCGGGGCCCGACGGCCGCAUUGUGGCUGCUGACCUCGAAGCCGCGCUCCGAACAGCAACACGACAAACCGUGCAGCAGCUACCCCUGGAUCUGUUCGUUGAAUCGAAGCGUACGAUUCCGCACUACCAACUCGUGUCUGAAGUUCGACUGGACAGCGCGCAAGCUUGGCUGACUGCGCUCCAGAAGAAGCAAGAGCGUUCCACGGACGAUGCUCUCGAACUGGAGGAUUUCCUUGUCAAAGCACUGGCGACGGCUGCGCAACGUGUACCGUCGGUGAAUGCGUCCUUUAUGGGAUCGAGCAUCCGCGAGUAUGCAAAUGUCAAUGUGCUGGUGCUCCCGAGCGACCCGAAUUCGAUGUACCGCGUGAUACCAAAUGCGCAAGCGAUCGGUCUACGGGAAAUUCACCGCAUACGAACUGGUGGAGGUUCGGAACAAACCCGCGAGAAUGAUGCCACCGAUCUGGGCACCAUCGGGUUUUCGCUGAAUACCCACGUCUUACAAGAGAUGGCAAUCAUUAUCCCCCCGCAUGCUGCGAUAGUGGUCUUCGGGAAACCAGAUCAACGUGUGAUCGCCGGCUCAAAUGGAACGUUCGAAAUCGGGACCUUCGCCCUGGUGACGGCUUCUUUUGAUCACCGCGUUGUCGAUGGUGCUGUUGGCGCUCAGUUCAUGGCGCAUCUCGCGGAGUAUACGCGAGAUCCCCUGUCGAUGCUCGAGUAG